AUGGAGGAAAACAGCUACUCGGACACAAUUGACGACAUGGACCAGACAGAGGGCUUGCAGUCGCCCGCAGAGGAAGAAGACUUUGUUGCAGAAAACCUCGACUCAUUGCUCGGUGUCGGCGUCGUGGACCAAGACACCCUUGAACGAGGCAUCAUUGCCAAGGCGAGCAAGGCGUUAGAUGCAAAGGAGAAUGAGCUGGACAAGAAGCGGUUAGAAAAGACAUUGAGAAAUGCAAACAAAAUCCGGUUGGAGAUGCGGAAACUGGAGAAUAGCCGCAAGAAACUGGAUCGAGGAUCGUUUGCAAUGGCAAACCUUGAAGAAAAACUCACUGAGCUGAAUGAAGAGUUGAUACAGGCAGAAAGGGACGGACAGGAUAUCUCGGACAGGAUCAGAGAACGCAAAACAGGGAAGCCGACUUCCACACCAUCGUCAUCCUCAAAAACAACUGCAGAAAAAGAGGCCGGCGAGACAGAGCGCGAGUACCUUAUCAGGACAGGAAAGAUUACACCUUUCGCGGCCAUGUCUGGAUUCGAGCGCCCCAAGCAUGAAGGCUCAUUCAUCACAUCCUCAACGACCAACAACGACUCGCCAGAUUCUCAUGUCCAUCUGAAAAGACCUUCAUGGAGUCUUGUCGGGAAGACACUCCAAGAGAGGAUUCAACAGGAAGCGAUCAACAAGGCCUCAGCGCCAGCAGAGCGGUCCAGCAUGCGGAAAGCACGGAGCCGUAUCGCGUCCACAGCCAACAAGGACAACCAGGACGAGGAUGAUUACAAGGAGGAGGAGGAGGAAGAGGAGGAAGAGGAAGUGGUGUCUGAUGGUAGCGACCCUGACUUUGUAGACAAGGACGGACCCGACAGCGAAGUCGAGGCAAAGGAUGACAAGGACUACACUGAUUCUCGUGAGAUCUCAGAGGACGAUGACUUUAAGCCAGAGGAGGAGCUGUUGGAAAAAAAAACAACGUUCAAUAAGAGAGCCAAAGGUGGAGCAGCGUACAAUUUCUUGUGCGAGGACGACGGAGACGAAAUGCACUAUCAGAAGCGACUCGCAGAGUGGGCCAAGAAGCGGCGACAUCUCCGCUGGCGCGUUCAACACCCGGACGCGUCAAUGGAGACAGAUCUGAAAGAGGGCUGGGAGAACCCUGAGCAAAGGCUGGAUCCUGAACUAGAGAUUUACAACCCGCAUCCAAAUAUACCCGAUGCAGCAUUGGAGGGCGGAUUCCGGAUCCCAGGCGACAUCUUUUCUAAUCUGUUCGACUACCAAAAGACGUGUACUCAAUGGCUGUGGGAACUGCAUUGUCAAGGCGCGGGUGGCAUCAUUGGCGACGAAAUGGGUCUGGGAAAAACGAUUCAAAUUAUCGCGUUCAUUGCAGGACUUCACUACAGCGGGAAACUCGACGCGCCGGUCGUCAUCGUCUGUCCCGCGACAAUUUUGAAGCAGUGGGUCAAAGAGUUUCACCGGUGGUGGCCUCCGAUGCGUGUUGCGAUCUUGCAUUCGAGCGGGAGUGGUAUGAAUGGCAGCAAGAGUGAAGGCUCGCGCGACGACGACGACGACGACUCUUUCUCCGAGGACUACAACGGCACAGGGAAACGACAAAAGACCAAGAAACGCUUUGGUGACAGCAAACGUCGAGGUAUGGCUGUGGGUAACGAGAGAACUGUGGCAGACACUUUGGUGGAACGGAUCGGCGCCAAGGGCCAUGUUAUUGUCACGACCUAUGCUGGUUUGCGGAUCCAUUCGACCCGUUUGUUGCGCCAGAGCUGGUCGUACAUUGUCUUGGACGAGGGUCACAACAUUCGCAACCCUGAUGCAGAUAUCACUCUGAGAUGCAAGCAGUUCAAGACGCCACAUCGGAUCAUUCUCUCAGGAACGCCCAUCCAGAACAACCUGAAUGAGCUGUGGUCACUCUUUGACUUUGUUUUUCCAGGACGGUUGGGUACUCUACCAGUCUUCCAGUCACAGUUUGCGAUCCCGAUCAAUCUCGGAGGUUACGCGAACGCGAGCAAUAUUCAAGUUCAGACGGCAUACAAGUGCGCGGUUGUUCUGCGGGACCUGAUCAACCCGUAUCUGUUGCGGAGGAUGAAGGUCGAUGUCGCAUCGGAUAUGCCGAAAAAGUCUGAGCAGGUCUUGUUCUGUAAGCUGACACCGCCUCAGCGCCAGGCAUAUGAACAUUUCUUAAAGUCGGACGAGCACAAUUCGAUCAUGGACGGGAAGCGACAUGCCUUGUUUGGGAUUGACGUCGUCCGCAAGAUCUGUAACCAUGCAGACAUUCUCGGUCGGGAACAACAUCAGCAUGAUGAGGACUAUGGCGAUUACACCAAGAGCGGCAAGAUGGUCGUGGUGAAAACGCUGUUGGAGAUGUGGCAGAAGGGCAAGCACCGCGUGUUGUUGUUCUCGCAGACCCGGACCAUGCUCGAUAUUCUGGAAAAGUUUAUCAAGCGCGAGGGGUACAGCUACAGGCGCAUGGAUGGCACGACUCCGAUUCAGCACCGCAUGGGACUUGUUGACGAGUUCAAUGCGCGAGACGACAUUUAUGUGUUCUUGUUGACGACCAAGGUGGGCGGAUUGGGUGUGAACCUGACGGGAGCAGAUCGAGUGAUCAUCUUUGAUCCGGAUUGGAACCCGUCGACGGAUGUACAGGCGAGAGAGCGAGCGUGGAGACUGGGUCAGACGCGGUCGGUGACCAUCUAUCGACUCAUGACUUCGGGAACUGUGGAGGAGAAGAUCUAUCAUCGUCAGAUCUUUAAGCAGUUCCUGACCAACAAGAUUUUGAAGGAUCCAAAGCAGCGGCGGUUCUUCAAGAGUCAUGAUAUGGCGGAUUUGUUUACGCUUGAGGAUGAGAACGCCGUCGGUACUGAGACUGGAGGCAUCUUUGCUGGAUCGGAGGUUGCGGUCAAGUCUCAGGGGAAGCGCAAGUCUUCGAAGCGCGGCGAGGACAGUGUUGAUGAGGUGGCCAAGAUCGAAGGUGUCCGCAAGGUUGAGAAGUUCAAAGCGCCACGAGAAUCAGGUUCGCUUCCUGGUGGUAUGGCUGACGAUGAAGUGGAUGCCGAGAUCAACUUUACAAAGUCGGCGGCUCAGCCUGCCGAGACGGACCCUUCGUCGCAUGACGGAGGAGAGGCCAACAUUUUGUCGCGACUGUUUGAGAACUCUGGUGUCCACAGUGCGCUCAAGCAUGACGAGAUUAUGGAUUCUGCCAAACAGGAGAAUCUCAUCGUUGAGCGUGAAGCUACAAGAGUCGCGGAGAGAGCGAUGGCGGCAUUGAGAGAGUCGAGGAAGCGGCGGAGACGUCAAGAUCUGGAUGUGCCGACGUGGACGGGCAAGUCUGGUACGGCUGGUGCACCAAAGCUCUACUUGAUGCAUCAGCAGGACAAUGAGCGGAGUGCUUCACAGGCGUCAUCGUCGUCGUCGUCGUCAGGGCUAAAGCCUAGGUUCGGAACUGUCAACACGUUCAACCCGAAUGUCGCGUCUAGUGAGGUUGCUGCUCCACGGUUUGGACGAGCGGCGGCGGGGGCCGGUAGACCUGUAUCGGGGAUCGGGUCUUCGGCGACUGUGGCGGGUGGAACUCCAAAGUCGUCGUCGUUGUUGGCAGGCAUGUUGGAGCGCAAGCGGUUGGAACAAGAAGGUGGUCUUGGUGGACAACAGCGUAUCAGAGCUUCAACACCAUCCUCGUCGACAUCCUCAUCUCCUCGUGGCUCACCUCCGCCCACAAUCACCCUGGGCGGAAUGGACGCAUCCGCAAUCCUCCAAGAAGGUACGCGCGAGAACUUGAUCACGUCGAUCCGGAACUACAUGCUCGACCAAGGAGGUCGUGUCAGGUCUUCAGAUCUGGUCUCGCAUUUCCAAAACCAGUUGGCGGAUGUGGAGCAGUUGGUGUUCAAGAAGAUGUUGAAGGGGAUUGCGGUUCUGGAAAAGUCUCCUGAGGAUGGAGGGAAAGGCUGGUGGACCCUCAAGUCGGAGUAUUAUUAG